ACGUGGCAACGCAACGGCAUCAUGGCCUCUUGGAGCGGCCACGGGAGACGGAUGAAGGAGGUGAAAAUGGUCAUGCUGGUGUUGCUGGUGUGGCUGCUGCCGAUGAUGGAAGCAGUAAAAGUAUCUUCUCUAAUAGAGAAAGUCAGCGACCACAAAGACUUCAAGAAGCUGCUCAGAACAAGAACAAAUGUUUUAGUGCUCUACACCAAGACAGCGACAUCGGGGGACACACAACUGAAGCUGCUGUCAGACGUGGCCCAGACUGUGAAGGGCCAGGGGACUAUUGCCUGGGUCAACUGUGGGGACUCAGAGGGUCGCAAGCUUUGUAAGAAAGUGAAGGUGGACCUUGGUUCCAAAUCCAGUGGUGCAGAGCUAAUGCACUACAAAGAUGGGACGUUCCACACAGAGUACAACAGGCCAGCUACAUUCAAGUCCAUGGUAGCAUUUUUGAAGGACCCGUCAGGACCACCACUGUGGGAGGAAAACCCUGAGGCCAAAGAUAUCGUCCACAUCGAAACGGAAAAGGAAUUCAGAAAGCUGUUGAAGAGAGAAGAGAGACCAAUCCUCAUGAUGUUCUAUGCUCCAUGGUGUGGCGUUUGCAAGAGGAUGCAGCCAGUUUUCCAGCAAGCAGCAACCGAGGCAAAAGGACGAUAUGUGUUGGCAGGGAUGAACGUGCACCCUGCUGAGUUUGACGGCCUGAAGCAGGAGUACAACGUCAAAGGCUACCCCACCUUCUGCUACUUUGAGAAGGGGAAAUUUCUGCACCACUAUGAAAACUAUGGAGCCACAUCCAAAGACAUCAUUAACUGGAUGAAAGACCCCCAGCCGGCAAAGCCACAAACACCCGAGGUGCCCUGGUCAGAAACAGACUCACCCGUCUACCACCUGACGGAUGAGUCCUUCGACAGCUUCUUACAGGAACAUCCCUCAGUCCUGGUCAUGUUCUACGCCCCCUGGUGUGGACACUGUAAGAAGAUGAAACCAGAGUACGAUGAAGCAGCUGAAAUCCUCAACAAAGGUGCAGAGAGUCCGGGUGUGUUGGCAGCAGUGGAUGCCACGGUGCACAAAUCAGCUGGCGAGCGCUUCAAGAUUUCAGGCUUUCCCACUGUCAUCUACUUUGAAAACGGCGAGGAGAAGUACACGCUGCCACAGCUUCGGACUAAAGACAAGAUCAUAGAGUUUCUUCAGAAUCCUCAGGCACCGCCCCCACCAGAGGCGUCCUGGGAAGACAAGCCAUCCAGUGUCAGCCAUCUUGGAAUGGAAGACUUCCGGGAGGCACUGAAGAAGAAAAAGCAUGCACUGGUCAUGUUCUAUGCCCCAUGGUGUCCUCAUUGUAAAAAUGCUGUCCCACAUUUCACCACUGCAGCUGAGCUCUUCAAAGAAGACCGAAAAAUUGCCUAUGCUGCUGUAGACUGCACACGAGGACAGAACCAUGACCUGUGCAAGCAGGAGGGAGUGGAAGGGUACCCCACUUUCAACUACUACAACUAUGGAAAGUUUGCUGAGAAAUACCAAGGAGAGCGUGGGGAAGCUGGCUUCAUCGGAUUCAUGAGACACCUGCGAGGACGGGACCAGGAGAAAGUGGGGAAGAGGAAGGAAGAGCUCUGAGGGCAGCAUACUACCUGCUGCACACUUUGUCAUUGCACUGUGACCCUUGACCCUUGACCCUGGCAGGGGUCCCUUAUCAGCACUGACCUCAGCUAAAGGCAAUUUUCUUUCCUAAUCUCACAGUGGUCAAAUGCAACAGAGUACCUUCAGUCAAGACUCCUCUUUUUUCCUGGAAGAUGUGGGGGGAGCCACUGUGACAUCACUCUUUACUGUAUCUAUGCAAUAUGGACCUUGCUGGUGGCACAUCACUGAUGUCAUGACCCCUCAUUCAAAAUGCUGAAUAUUGAACCUAUUGGUUGGAGAACAUCUUUGUCUUUAGACCAGAGUCCACCGAAUUGCUCUGAUCAUCUGCAAAAAGACCAGUUAACUCAGCUGUUCUGCUGGACUCUGGCCUACACUUCAGUGUUUCUCCUCAAAAAAAGUGGCCUUACAGUAAAUUAAACUGCGUUCAUGGUCAAUAAAUCAGUCUCUGGGUCUAAAAAGCACGGGACUUUGAUUUCUAGCUCAGACAAACCAGGAGAAAAACAGACCAAAUAUGCAUAUCGCCCUAACUCUUCAUACAUGUCUCACAGACACACACUAAUGUGUUGAUCAUAUAAUUGAUGAUCAUUACUGUAUAGCAAGAUGGACAGCAUGAGAAUGAUUUCUGCAGGACACAUUCUGAUCAUCGUUUUUCCACUGAGUGAGUGUCAUUUUACAGUGUCACUUUCACAUCUCAUUCAGUCUUGAGUUGAGUGCCAUCAUGUCAUUAUGUUGCCAUUUUCUGAUCGCAUAAUCCAUUAUGGGUUUUCAGAGGUUAAUGUAUACAUCCCCAGUUAAAUUACUCCUCGGUCAUGGCGGCAGUGCCAUCAUGAACAGCCGCUGGAUUAAGUGCCCUCGACGGGAGACGCUGACAGAGUGAUGUAAAAGUAGAAACAAAGGUUCCAAAUCAACCAAAGUGAUGGUCACUUCAUAGCAACUUAUAAUCACGGAAUCUCUUUUUAUGAGGUAUUAAUCAGAAUUCCUAUUUUCUUCUUGUAUAAUAAGCCUUACACAUAUAAUAUUGGUGCUUUAAUUUUGCAAUAUUGUACCAUUAAUAUUGCUGAACUGCUGUAGUAUUUGUGAAUUAUGACCUAUUAAUUCAUCUUUUAUGUCUGUCGGGAUCUUGAGUAUAUCAUGGUAAGUAACAGGAUUGACUUGAAUGCCGAGAGAAUUCUAUUUAAAAUGUAAUUUACAGAAAACUACUUCAGUUUUCGCAAUGUAAUAUGAAUAAAUCAGACUGAAGCCAUAGUUUGACGAGACAGUUCUAAUAUUGCGACAAGUUAGUACGCAGAAAUGAACAAAGGAAUACUCUUGAAGUCGUGGCACUUCUGCAUCAAGGUCAUGCAUAUUCCAAUAGAGCAACUGUCAAUCAAGAUGCCACACACUACAUUUUAUCAUCACUGAGAAUCUGUCAUCCCCAUCAUUAAUGUGCAACGGUGUGAGCAUUAAUAAUCCGUCUCAUGUUGUCCAUCUAGAUAUACUGGCAAUAGGAAGUUCCUAAUACAAGGAGACACUCAGGUUUAAGCUGAAAGGCAACACGCAUCUUUUAUCUCUUUUGGCCAUUCAUGGUGAUGGUUCCUCACUCAUUAUUUUGUGAAUUAAAUCUGCUCUUGGGUGGAUGGCACUCAUUCAUGCCCACCUUCACAGCAGCCAACGCAAUAUAAAGCAACGUCUCCCAAAUUCCUCCUGCUCUCAUUCCAAACCAUCUUCAUCGUUAUUCCUUGGGAGAUCCUCCGUGUGCGUUCUCAUUCCUUUGGUCGUUCUAAAUAUUCAUCAGUUGCUCAACUUGUGUUUUAUAUUUCAAGACUUUAAAAUAAGGUUCUCAGGGAAUGUGAGACACAAUUAAAAAGGGAACAAGUCGAUUUCCAGCUGGAUAUUUUACCAAGUCACCAAAUUAUAAACAUUGUUUACAUUAAUGUCCCGUGUGGUGUCUGUUAUUUUCUCACAAUGUGUGUUGAAUAUCGUCUGUAAAUGUUACUGAUCCUUUUUCCCUUGUGAUUGAUGGACUCAGUCCAAACCCUCCAGGCUAACGCCAAACACUGUCUCAUCAUGACAUCCCAGAGUAUGCAAGCAUCCAGUGCUGCUCCAUUUGUUCUUUUCUCUCUUUCCUUCCAAGCCUUUACGAAAACCCUUCUCUCAGUCAAAUGCCUCUGUCUUAGUCGAAAGUUCUGAGUUCAGAGUUCACUGUGUUGGUCCAUGUUGUGUUGGGAGUGUUUCACACUGAUGCCAAGAAGUUGUCGUUGCCUUUGUUCAUGUUCUGUACUCAGCCAUAUGUACAGGGUUGCUCCUUGCGGUCGGGACCUUGCAAGGUUGAUAAUAAAAUUCUA